AUGGCAUUAGCCAGCGGACACUGGCUGGAGAAAGAGAUGAGGGGAGAAGCCCCAUGUCCCAGUGUUGUGAAAGGAAAGCUGUAUCUGUUCGGAGGAGCGUCCAGCCCUGAUGCCACUGAGUGUCUUCCAGGAGUCUACAGCUUUGAUAUAGUGUCUCUGACCUGGGAUCACUUAGAAAUCGGGGGGGUGGCCCUCCGAACCCUCAGACACAGCUCUGUUGCUGUAGGAGACAACAUCUACGUGUACGGAGGCAUUCGGGAAGGGAAUCCAAUCGACGAUCUCCUGGUCUUCAACACAGUGUCUCUCACCUGGACACCAGUGAAAACUAGCGGAUCGUUGCCUCCUGCCCUGUAA